CGCCGCACGACAGCCGUUCGAAAUUCCGUUGGCUGACUGGCGAAUUCGUAUCUCCCGCGGCCGGUGGCGUCGGAUACGCGCGGCAACGUCGCGACGUUGCGACGGGCAGAGAUCGAGGAGAUACACACGCACAACGCGCGACGUUCACCGACGUUCACCGGGAGCGUAGGUAGGUCGUCUAGCGUGACGUCACGUCGUCAGCCCAGUUGGGUUAGGUUUUACGCUGGGAAUUCUAACGACGAAAAUUUUUUGUUUGACGAUUGAUGUUUUCGCAUACGUCGCGUACGUCGUGCUGAGGCGACGCGCUAAGAGAGAGAGAGAGAGAGAGCACUUCCUACGGAGCGGGUGAUUGACGGCCAGCAGCCGAGCGCUCUCGAGGCACAGACCGUGCAACACACACGAUCGCGAGUGGUCCGCGCCUGCAUCGGCGAUAUAUGAGAUUUUAAACGGAAAAUGAGUCGACAUGAAGGAGUAAGCUGCGAUUCCUGCUUGAAGGGAAAUUUUGAAGGUCGUAGAUACAAGUGCCUGGUAUGCUACGAUUAUGAUCUAUGUGCCAGCUGCUACGAGGGAGGCGCUAGUACUACACGCCACCUCACAGAUCAUCCUAUGCAGUGCAUACUUACCAGAUCUGACUUCGAAUUGUACUAUGGUGGUGAAGGAGUGAGUGUGGAACAACCUCAAUCUUUGACUUGCCCGUACUGUACAAGAAUGGGUUUCACCGAGGCUACAUUGCAAGAACAUGUGGCUGCUGAUCAUCCAGAUACCUCGUUUGAAGUUGUAUGUCCAGUGUGUGCAGCGGUGCCAGGUGGAGAUCCCAAUCAUGUAACUGAUGAUUUUGCUGGUCACUUGACAUUGGAACAUCGGAGUGGACCAAGGGAUUUGAUCUCCUUUUUAGAUGACCCUUCAGCAGGUAGACAUGUUAGGCGGAUACCGCAUCCAUCUAGAGCUGUUGGUGCACCACGUGCACGUAGGUCCAACAUGCAUUUCAGUUCAUCUGGAGGAUUGAGCCCAAGCAGUCGGGAAGGUAUAGAUCCCAUCGCAGAAUUAUUGUCUCAAUUAUCGGGAGUACGUAGAAGUGGAGGUGGAAGUGGACAGAGUUCUUCGGCACCUACGCAACUACAGCAAUUGCAGAUGCAGCUGCAAAUAGAACGACAACAAGUUCGGGCUGCUAGACAACAACUCGAACGAUUACCUAGGAGGCAGACGCAAGUGAUCGGUUCAGUGAGUGGCAGUGGGGGUAGUAGUGGUGGUCAUUCUGCUACAAUGGCUAGCGUGGUGGCAAAUAGUACGAGUAGUAACAAUAAUGCGACUAAUGUGGCCAACCCGUCCGGUGUGUCUUCUACUAAUUCGCAGAACUUCACGUUCCUGUUACCCAGAUGCAUUACAACCACACUGUCUGAUUCGCAACUGCAAAAUAUCGAGCGCGAAAGUGCAAACAGGAGCCUUUUCGCACGCGAGCUUAUUGUCGGGACGCUUUCCCAAACAUUGUCAGAGUUGCUUCAACAGCAGUGCACCGUGCAAACGCCGGCAUCGAGUGCAACUACUGCCACUACCAGCCCCGAAACACCGAACGCUAAUACUUCCAUCGUCUCCACGAAGAAAUUGAGUUUAGCUCAGGAAGCCAAGAGGGAUCAAGCGACGAAUAAGCAGCACGUAACACAGGCGUCUGCGCAACAAUCGCACAUCCUACAGGCUGCCGCUGCUGCGGCCGUUGCCGCCGGCAGUGUAGGCUCCGCUCUACCAAAUCAGGGCUUACCCCCGAAUUCUAACAGCAUUGCGACGCAAAAUUCACCUAUAGUUCAAACUCUGAUGCAUAGUGUGUUACCUCAGCCACUGGUUUUGCAGCAACCACUGCCGCCACCAAUUAGGAAUACCGGUACUGGAACUAUCCGGGAACCGAUAGCAGCUCCAGCGCCCGCUUAUCUCAGAGGUGGAGUCGGCUCGGUCGGAGUGACGGGCUCUUCACGUAGGAAGCCGAUAAAUGAAGGAUGGUCGUGAGGAAUGGUAUGAUAAACUGUGGUGCAGAACAACGAUACUGCAUAUUUUUCAGACGACUAUUUAGAAUAUAAUUCUCGUUAUAGUAGACCCUUGUGUAUGCUUUACAAACAAUAAUAAAUCAUUGGUACGAUGUACGAAGGAAAUAAAUCACCUGCAGUUCUGUGCGAACUUCUUCGUUAUCUUUUUAAUUCGGCUCAGGUGGUGGAUUCGUGGCGCUCAGUGUGUUUCAAAGUUUCACAUUAACGAACGAAUGAUUGAAGAUGAAUAUGCAUUGGAACUACUUUUCAAACAUACAUUUAAUCACCUGUCAGACCUGCGCGCGUGAUCUGAUAAAAUUUAGCAUUAGCGGACCAUCCCUCGGCAUAUUUACGCUGCCGGAAAAAGACGUCGGUGUCGUAAAGUGGAGGGAUUACAUUUAAUAAUUAUAAAUAAUGAAUUAAUAUUUCGCAGAAUACUUAAUCUGACGCUUAUAUUGAACGCAAUAUUUAACGAUUGAAUUACUAAUAUUUAAAUACCUGUGUUUAACUAUUAUUUCUCAGAUUCUUGUAUAUCGCGAUGUAAUUGUAUAUUAUAUAUAAUUACGGAGAAUUUUGAAGAAUAAAGUUUCAUUUAACAUUAUAUAACAUUUAUACACAAUCACUCCAUUUUAAGGCAUAUUUUUUAAAAUAAUUACAGCGUUCGUACACGUUUCUUUCCCCCGCCUAAGACCAGGUUUGGGAGAUAUAUAUAUACUUACAUGUUGAAGGAGCAUAGGAUAAAAUCUCUCAUCGUGGAUCGAUCACGAUCACAAUCCUUGGUUCCUGUUUGAAUUUUGUCGAAAGCUUACAAGUGCAUUUUACAUUUUUGAGUAGAAAUAUGUUUAGUUAUAUUUCUUCUAAUACGCAAAAAAGAAAGAAAGAAAAGAAACAUUAUGUCGAAGUAUACGGAUGCAUUUGUAAAGUUUCUGCCGGGAGUGGAAGACUUCUCCGAGAUGCUCGUACAUAUAAGCGUUACUUGUGUUUCUCUCUCUUCGAGUACCAUUUUCUUCUCCCUUUUCUCUCCCUCCCUUGCAUGCUCGCUGUCGCAUAUCGUAAUCUGUCACGGCUGUUGAAAUUUUCUCUCCGAAUUACAAAUCCUCAAGAUGUGGUUCUGCGGAGACCGUGUAGCGUUUCUGACAAAAAAAAAGAAAGAGAAAAAAAAGGAUCUCUACGAAGAUCGCGUGUAUUGCUCACAUAAGCAUGAGAAUUUACAUGAGGAUAAAACGAACGAAGAAGUUAAAGUGCGCUCAGUGCGUAAAUUUGUCGUUGUGCUAAUAGCACUGAACUUUCAGAGCUCUUAUUUUCCGUGUGCAAAAUCGAAGAACUUCGAGAUCGAGUUGAACAAGAGGGCAAGGAUACACCCAAAGAGCAACCCCUCCUGGAUGUUUUAUUCGUCUUUUAUCUGUAGCCGAUGUAAUGUAAACGUUUAAACCGAGUGUUCUUCUAAAUAACUGUGUCGCGACUCUGUGUGUAUACUUUGUACCGUGCGUAGUCAGUCGCAGCCCGCGAAUUAGACCUGAAACAAAGCGAGCAAGACGCACCUAACUGCCUUACAUAAUGCGAAAUGCAUGAGGAAUUGAGGGGAGAAGCCAGACACUCCCCUCUUCCCGUUGGAUGUGUAUCUGCAUUGCGAGAGUCCUUGCGUGAUGACGCUCCGAUGAAGCGAAUAUAUAUUGUACUUUCAGCCUAUCUUAAUAAACAUGUGCGUACGUAAAAUCGACAGAUAUUGCAGAUAUCGAGCGAGGAUUUGUUGCACUGUCGUCGUAUUUUUCUUCAGGUGGUCGUUCAAAUUAACGUUACGAUGUGGCGCGACUAAGAAUGGAAAUAUGUUCACUUAUUUCUUCUAAUACGCAAAACAAAAAAGAAAAGAAGCAUUAACAGUUGAGAGUAUAACAUUGCAACUCGAAAGCCUGUUGAAAGGAACGAAGCAAGACUCCAAAAUAACGCGAGUUUAAUUCCCCGAUUUCCGUCGGUCGUCUUAAUCGAGCGUAAGAUGUGUCUUGUCCGAAUUCGAACACGUAGCGGGGAUCCUCCUCGUUCGUAUGCGAAAGAUUACGUUUCCCUUGUUUCCAAGUCACUGUCAUGUUACUGAAUCCUCUCUUUUUCCCCGUUCGAAAUAUAUUAUUAUCAAGGGUGUUGUGGGAAGAAAGGAUUCGCCAACUUUUUUAAUUCGAUUCGCGCGUCUUCCGACCGAAUUAAUUUUUGUAAACGCGUUUUCGCUCUUUAUAAGUUAUCUCUUAUAAACUCUAGACACAACAAUGUUAUUCCCGAUUCAAGUUUAGGUAUAUUUUUUUAUUUCAAUGAAAACAAAAAGAUAUGACAAAAUAUCGCUAUGUUGUUUUCAAGGAAAAGCGGAGCGCAAAUUCGACCGAAACCGUUUCUGAAGUUUCGAAUCCUUUUUCUCAACACCGAAAAUCCGUGUAUUAUAACUAGGUGGCUUUUGAAAGAUUCUAGGAGAGACGGAUUGAAGACAUUUCAAUCCAAAUGUUCUUGAUACCUUCCCCAAAGGUCAUCGUCAUUCAACGAUCGAUCAAUAGCUCGAUUUGCGAAUUCGAAGAAAGUGUCGCGAUUUGUGAAUUUAUUGCGAAAAUGACACGAUUUUGCUAAUAUCGCGCACGAAUACACCUCGAGCGGAAUCGGAAUCGAGCACACACAAUAAUCACACACAUAUUCACUCACACACACAUCCGUCAUUGCGACUUCGGUGAAAAAGUACGUGCGACAUUUCCCUUCCUCCUUCGUUCCCCCUCUUCUCUUCAUUGAACAAAGUUGUCUCGUCGCUCUCCACAUAAAUCGUGUUUCGAUUUGUAUUUACUAUAUUUUACGUAACAUUGUCUACAUCACAUAAGUAAAUUAUAUAUAUAUAUAUACGUGUGUAUAUAUAUAUAUAUAUAUAUAUAUGUAUAUACACAUACAUAUAUAUAUAAAACACACACACAGGGGCAAAUUCACGUGUUAUACACGUGACAGCAUAUCGUUAUCGCUUCACACGAUUAUGUCCGCGCACGUGUCGAGGUGAAUUUGAGGUAACAAUAACAAGGCGAUUGUAGGUGAUGAAAGACACGCGAUGCGAUUGGAAGAGGAAAGGAAGAGAGGAAAAAGAUCGAAAGGAGCUAAGCGGGACGAGUGUGUAUAAAGCGAUGAAACGAUGAACAUUCGAACCCGGUGAUUUAUUAAGAAUUGCAUUACGCUCUUACUACCUUUACCGUUUGUUAACGUUACGAUUAAUUAUUGAUUUAAUAGGCUUAAGGCUUAAGGUAUCUCUAUAUUUGCGGCCCAAUACUGCGGACGGUGCCUGAUUGUAACAUACUAGACAAUUAACUGAUCAUUUUAACCGGAGGGAAUGUCGUAGACGUCACGAGCGUUGCGUUGAGCGCGUGUGUGUGUGUGAGUGUAUUAAUGUGCGCGUGCGACUGCGUAUGUACCACAUUCGCAGCGCGAUUGUUCGACUGUGAAACGUGAGAAAGGUGUUCCCAGUGUGUGUGCGCACUCGUCUUCGUUAAAACGCUUUUCUUUCUUUCUCGCGCACACGAAAGCAGCGAAAUAUGUUUCCGAAACGAGAGAGAAAGAGAGAGAAAAAACAAGUAAUUUCGAUGGUGAUCACUUUUCUCACGUUUGCCACGUUUGUCGUUAGCAAAGCGUGCGGAGUCCUGCAUGCGGUGUCCUGCGUGCGUAUCUCUAACGUCCGUUUAACGGACUAACGUUAGCGAGGAACACAACAUGUCUGUAUGAAAUGCCGAGCGAGAGUAAUGUACAUAGAACACGAAAAAGAUUAAUUUGACAUGAAUAUGGAAAGCACACGCACGCACACAACGUGAUGAGAGUCGCAGCGUGGUAAUCGUAUUUGUAGAUAAGCGGGGAUACAUCAACGAUGACACCUCUCAGUCACUGCGAGCCGCAAUAUGUCAAUCGAGCCCGAUGCCCGAUGUGACGAUCGCGCUAUAAUAAUCGCCCUUUUUGCACGGAGAGGAAGAGAGGCCCCUCGCGAGGAAACCUAUCAAACGUCCUUUUGUUUCACGUAGCGGCACACCUUCUUCCUUUCGUGUUCCACUUUCCGAGGUAACCUUGUAAACCACUUGAAAAGUCAGCGAGGAAUGUAAGAGAAAUGCGACUCGAAGGAACAAUCGUUUCCGGCUGUACGAAUGGACCGAAGGCGAGAUACUUGGAGACAAAUAUUUCGCCGUUGAUCGAUCAAUAUGCAAGCGACUGUGACUCGCAACUGGCAUAAUUCCGCCGAUUCAGUCUCUGAUAGUGCAAAUACUCGGGCAUAAAUCCCGCAUCAAUUCUCGUGAUUAUAUAUUGUUGCGUAUAAAGAGACAUAGAGAGAGAGAGAGAGAGAGAGAGAUCAUAUAUUUUCUUCUCUGUUUAAUAUCGUAAUCUGAAUCUUCGGCGAAAUUGCGUCUGUUUCGGGCAUCGCUGAUAGAAGCGCAUCCCAGACAGCACAAAUCUCCUCGGGACAUCCUGAGGAUGUUCUGAAGAUGUUCUAAAGACGUCUACAGAACGUCCACGGGAUAUUUCGCGCUUUUUGGGAUAGUACAGCCGAAAGUUACGUUUUUUUUUCCCGUUCCGACGGCGUGUCGUCUCCCACGCGAAGUGUAGUCAAAGUACGGAGAGCAGAGACGCAUGCAUGAUAAAAGAGAGAGAAACCGUAGAAAUUAGGAAAGUCGUAUGUAGUAGAUGUAUAAACCGGUAGAAAAGGAGAGCGCGCGCUAAUGACCGUAGUUACUGAUGCGACCCGACUCCCCUCAAAAAAAAGAAAAAAAAAGAAAAAAGAGAGAAAGAAGAAAAUUCUAAACGCGAGUUUGCCAUUAUAUUGCUCCUUCGAGGAAUCGGGGUGCGGUGUAUGGGAGAUGUGCAGGAGAGUACGGUGUAAAAGGUGGUCUGGGAAAUCGGUGUCCCGAGGGAGGUCCUUUCUUUCGUCAGAUAGGACCGAAUAGAAACGUGUAAAAAUGUACGAAUUUGCAAAAAAAAAUUCGACGUUCGUUUCCUAUUUUUUCUUACGUAUCGCCCGUGUUAAGAAACUGGCGGAAAAGAACGUGGUUCCCUUCUCCUUUAGUGUCACAUAUAUAAAAUAAUCAUCAUCGGAUAUGUCUUUUCACCUGCGAAUUCUUCGAUGAAUUGAAUUUGAAAUCAGUGUGUUCUUUCCGAAAGAGAGAUAGAAAAUAUCGCGGCUCUAAUAAUUCCCGAGAAACUGAAAACACAGCGUUCUCCUGGACGAUGAAAUUUCUAAGCGGCACCUGGCCAGCAAAGCCGUGAUUCUCCGACCCGAAUACUAGGAUUUUACCUCAAGGAUGUUUUCAUUCGAGGCUUAGAGAGAAACAUUAUACGGGAAAGUAAACGUAAAACCAUCGAUGUUUCCGAGGACGGAGAAAUCGAUUCACUGAAGAAUCCGUAAGCGAAGGAGAACCGUUCGGUGAUCGCGCUAUGCCUUGUGUGCGGGUAUCCGAGUGUUGAAAUUCGUAGUUACCGAGUUACAUUCGCAUUGUCGAGAUUUACGGAAGACCGAGGAAACGGUCCGGAGAAAACGAUCGACUACGAGCUCGCCACCAAUUUCUUCGACGGAUACCCCAUACAUUCGCGAUCGGGACGAGCGGAGGACGGAGGAGGGGAGACUUUGUGUUAUUUGUCCGGUAAAUUUGAUCCCGAUCGAUGAUGAUGAUCCGAGGUGCCGAUAGGUUUAUAUUCGCGGCAAAUAUUCCGCAAAAAGCCGCCUCUCGACAAGAGCUAUGUGUUUCCUUUGUCGGCACGGUCGCGUUAAGGUCGCGUAAUACUGUCCGUCUUAGACGAAGAGUAGAAGGUCACCAUAUUAGAAAUUCGUCGUCGUCGGCUUCGAAAGCUUGAAGAGAAGAAAAAAAGAACGAUCCGCGUGAGGGGGAGGGGGAGACACCUGUUUCCUCCGCUCCCGUUCGCUAGAUCAUUAUUUAAGCGUUCUAGAUGCAUUAAUCGAGGCUGGUAUUUAUGCAAUCGGUGGUGUUAAUUAGAAUAUUUGCACGUUUGCCACUCACUCACGGGAAACACCUUAACGCGGCCCCCGCCUGUCGAUACAUGUACAAGGUUCGACCCUCGACUGGUGACUGGUCAGUAAAGAUUUUUCUUUUUCAAUCUUGUCAAUCUCAAUACGCAAGGGAAGCAACACUGGUAUUCUCCGUAACGGCGAUACGCCUGUCUUAAAUCUUAGCGAGGAUUGCCUGUCCGUAAAUUUGUUUGAAAACUUUAUGUAAAGUAUUUUCACGAGGCGUUUCAAAGUGGCAUUUUUUCUUAACUGAAUUUGAGGAGACGUCAACGAGGGUACUGAUUUCCUCGAAAAGUGUUAGUCGUAAUUUCCUUUUUCUCAUGCUUGUGUGGUCGGUCGGAUUAUAAAAUGUUAUAUGAUAAAAAAGCAAAAAAAAUAAAUAAAUGUCAAUAAUAUUGCGUGUAAAAGUCCAAGUGUGUGAGAAUGUGCGUGUUUGGAGAUAGAUCUGAAACUUUGUACGGCGCUAUCGUAAACUUAUCAAUCAUUAUCGUGUUAUCACGUACAUACAGGCGCGUCGCUUCGCGCACGCGUUAAGGAAACAUCAAUUUUGCCGCGAGUACCGCGAUUUUCACUUGAUAUCGCGACGAAAAUCAUGCAAAUGAUUUAUUCAUUUACCCUUUCGUUGCAUUCUCUCCCUUGUGAACUUCGACCAAUGUAGACUAUUGUACUUUUUGAGGGGGAAAUACUCCUCUCAAUUCUUAUUCAACAAACCGCUGCCGCUGAUUCCUCUCUUCACACGUUCCAAGUCACCAGUUAAGCGUCAAACUUCCCCACUUUCGGAUCUAUAAGAUUUUCCCUACGUACGCAACUUCGAUUAGGAAAAGACCUCGAGUUUCCGAAUAACGUUUCACUGAGGAGUUCUUCUCCCUACGAUCGUCGAUCGAGUAAAGUGCGGAAUACUGUCGCACUGGGGGAUUUUUUCGCGGAUUUUUACCUGACAUUUCGAUCGACGAAUACUAUACGAAUAUAUGAAUACACGAGUGCAAGGAAUGAGAGUGAAAGCGAGAACGAACGAGAGAGAGAGAGAGAGAGAGAGAGAAAGAAAGAGAUGUGUUGAUAAGCGAGAAUUAUGUGUGACACAUAUUGAGGCAGAAAAUGUUAAUGAACAUUACUGCUAAGUACUGAGAGAGAGAGAGAGAGAGAGAGAAUUCAGGUGAAGUGAAAUCUUAUACAUAAUAAUUAUUGAAGUGUAAAUUGUGUUUGGUUGUAUUUUGUGUUAUACGCCUCUGAUGCUGAAUAUAAUGGAAAUUCAAUCAA